UGCUAAAUCGCGUGGGUUACACCCCGGAAAUAAGCCAUGGGGUAUUGGUUGAAAUGGCUGAGAACAGGAAGGAGUUAGAGAAGAAAACAAAGCCCAUCCUUGAUACUUUAAGAAGCUAUCAGGACUUGCCUCCGGAUAAGGCCUUAGCUGCUUUGGCAAUUGAGGACAAGAAAAGGCAAUACGCUGCGGCCGAGAAGUACCUUGAAGAUGUAUUGCAAUCAGCGCUUGCCCCUUCAGAGUAAUUCACCCGUAGAUAACUCACUGUUGUAUGACUGUCCUUUCUUUCUUUCUUUCUUUUUAUUUUAUUUUAUUUUAUUUGUUUCUUUUACUGCUAUGUUGCAUUUGAUGAU